AGAUUUGUUUUCCUUCACACUUCACGUCAUGCUUUCACUUCAUCUUUGUAAAUAAAUCAAUAAAUUUCAUAGUACAAAACAAAAUAUUUUUUAAAGGUACAUUAAACAAUGUCUGAAAAUAAUCAUGAUGAUAUGUUAUUUGAAAUGCUCAAAGACUGCAGAACUCUGCCGAAAUUCCUAGAUGACAUAUUUGGCUUUUUGGCAAGAAGGACCGACUUUUAUAAUGUGUCCAUGAUGAAUCCCGGUUUGGGUUUGCCAAAAGGUCUUUCUGAAAAGUUAGUCAGACAUACAUUUUUGAAAUGGAAAGCUGUCCCACGAGAUGUCAUAUACACCCCUAAUGAAAUACCUGUAUCUACAGAAGAAGUAGUCGUGUCUUGUAGUGAAGAAUCAGACCAGCAGGUGUCCUCUACGACAAAAGAUGAACUACUUGAAGAUGGGGUGGAAGAAUUUAGUUUUUCAAAGUCUGAAUAUUAUAACGGUGCUGUCUUCGAGCAUUAUUGCUGGUCGCAGUCUAUAAACGAAAUUGAUGUCAUUGUGAGAAUCCCCAAAGAUGUCAGUACAAAAGAUUUAGAGGUAAAACUUCAGUCGAGCUCUAUUUCAGUAAAGUUAAGAGAUGGUGAGUAUAUACUGAGUGGAGAUCUUUGUGAAAAAUGUAAAGCGGCUGAUACUGUAUGGUCUCUGGAUGGACGAAAGUUGCUGCUACAUUUGGAUAAAUGCCAAGAAAAGUGGUGGAAUUGUUUAAUAAAAAGCGAACCAGAGCUAGACAUAUCAACAAUUGAUUGUACUAGACCAUAUGACGAACUACCGGAACAUGCUCAGGUGAAAAUAGAAGAGUUACAGUGGAAUCAUGAAAGAAAAAGGCUAGGUUUACCAACUACUGAAGAAUUACAGGUUCAUGAGACUUUAAAGAAAGCUUGGAAUGCUGAAGGGUCACCAUUUAGUGGUCCAUUUGAUCCGACGAUUGUAAAAUACAAUUAAUAAAAUUUAUUUUCAAGG